UAGCUAUCUAUGUGCUUCUACAAUACAUUGAGUGAUAUAUUAUUUUUAUAGCAACCUUCUAAAAUAAUUGUUUUUUUUUCUUGUUGCUGAAGGUUUCCUGGACCAGUUUGUUUUUUGUUUACAGUGUCUACGUGGAGAUUUUAUUACUUGUGAGCGAGUUUUCUCUCAUGUGUGCGCAUGCGCAAGUAGUAAAGCGUGUUGUCGGUCUCUAUGGCGACGGUCCCAUUAAACCUUUUAGGGCUGCAGAAGCAGAUUAUGUGCACAGGUGCUGCUCUGCAGACUGCCAGCCUCUAUGUGGGCCAGUCAGAUGGAGUGAAAACAACCUGUUCGCAUGUGCUCUAUCACCGCUUUUAACUCAACAGGAAUACUACGCAAGAACCUGCUUCUGUGAAGAUUAUGAGCGAGGUGGUUUGUGUAAAGUCUCAGGAGGAAUAUGAGGACGACUUUGAGAAGGAUCUGGACUGGCUGAUCAGUGAGGAAAGCCGGAGUGACGAUCAGGGUCCUGACUUUGACGACAUAGAAGCAGAAAUUGACAAAGAACUGGAGGAGGAUGAGAAAAAGACCAUAAAGAAAAGAAAGCAGAAAAGCCUCAAGGAGGAGAAGAGAGGCAAGAAAACCGAGGAGCUGGAAGAAGAUGAGGAGAGGUGGCCCUCACCGAUGGAGCCGUUAGAGCAUGACUCAGACAGAGACAGCCCGAACAAGUCAUCAUUAGUCCCGCCUCCUCCAGGGACAGAAGACCAGACGGACGAGGAGAAGAAGUACAUUCUGGAGAAGAUCCAGCAGGCUAAUCGGGAGCUGCAGGACCAGGAAGCUCCAGAUAGUUCGAGGCGCAGGCGGCUUCAUUUCAAAGAGACGCUGGUGGACCUGGUGGUGCCUCCGCUGCAGUUUGAGAAAGAUGGAAACGGUGGUGAGGUGGAAGCGAGGCAGAGUAGAAAGGAUUCAGAGGCAGAAAUGGAAGUGUCCGGGAAGCUUUCUGAGCUAAAACUUUCCCCUCGCGAGGAAAGUGUAGGAGGAUCCAGUAGAGCUGUGGAGAGCAGUGAAGGAGGCAUAAAGGAGGGCAGAGUGCUGGUAGAAAAGGAUGGUAAGUUUGACCUGGUCAGCCUGAAAGAGGUGGAGAGUCAAGGACUUCUCCCUCCUAUAACAAACAACUACAGUGACUACUCCUCCACGCGUCACCAGGAGCAGACUGUGAGCUCCAGUAAGAGCCACAGGUCUUCCUCCUUCCAGCAAGGCAUCGAUCACCUUCGCGCCCCCAGACCUCCAGCUCAGCCUAGGGGCCGGCCCAGCUCAGCCAGCCACAGCCAGAGAGGCAGCCAGAGGAGGGACAGCAAGCGGCGGGUGCAGUCGGCCACCGGGACACCCUACCAGGCCACCUACACCCUGUCCCCCCAGCAGAAGGAGCUGCUGCAGAGGAUCCAGGAGAGGAAGGAGAAGCUGGCCAGAGAGGAAGAGCAGAGGAAACUGGAGGAGGAGGAGCAGAAGAGGCAGGAUAACGAGCUGGCGUUUAAGGCCUGGCUGCUGAAGAAGAGAGAGCAGUUUCAGGAGGAGAGAAGGAUCCAUCGAGCCCAGGAGAUGGAGAGGAUGAACUGUAAGAAGGACCCCAGCGACCCGGAGGAGUCGUUCAGGCUCUGGCUUCAGAGGAAGCAGGAGCAGCAGCAGAAAGAGAGACAGCUGGUGGAGCUGAAGAGGCUGGAGGAGGACAGUGGUUACCUCCUACACAGCCGUGAGGAGUGUGAGCAUGCCUUCAAAGUGUGGCUGAAGCGGAAACAGGCGGAGAAGCGAGCGGAGCAGCAGGCGGCUCGAGAGCGCUCCCGCAGGCUGGUGCUGGAGGAGCGCCGCGCACGACGCAUGAGGGACCUGCUAUGUAGCGUCAAUGAAACCAAGCCAUUCAGAUUCACAGAGCAGCUGGCCUACCGCUACUGAACCAAACAAAUCCAACAUGUCACAUAGAUUCAAGUUCAAAGACGAGACUUUUUAUUCUCUGUUCAGCUGUCUCAAGGGUUUUGUUUUAUUCUUUUUGUUUGUCAAAGCACAUUUCUAAAAAAGAAAAGUUUACCGCAGUGACCUCUACCCAGUGUGAUGAAAUGUAUUGAGUGAAUGAUUUUUUACUGUAUUUACUUCGUGUAGUGGCAGAUGCACUUUACUUUAAAUGGAGCUCUUGCAGCUCUGUUUGCCUUUUGUCAGAUUGUUUAAUAACAUAAAUAUACAAGGAUAGCUUCAAACGAACAACCGGUUACUGAAGGAAUUAAAUAUAUAUUUGUAAGAUGAAAAUAAUCCUGGCUGUUUGACAGACAAACAAGUAAUUUAUCAGUGUCCUCAUUUAAAGGCA